GCAACUAGUUAAACUGUAACAAAAGUCUGAUUAUUAACCAUGGGUAACUCUGAUUCGAAUCAUACUCUAUCGGAAGAAUUAAUAGAAGAUUACGUUGAAUUAUCAUAUUUGACCAAAUUUGAAAUACUUCACAUUUUCGACCUUCUUGACAACUUAUCACCAGGAAUCUUGUGCAACAAUUUGCAUCAUCGCUUUACGAAGAAACAAAUAGAUAAAAUAUUACCUCAAGUUUUAUACAGUCCAUUUCGAGAUUCAAUAUAUCGAGUGUUUUCUUCGGAACAAGACGAAUGUUUAAGUUUCGAGGAUGUUUUAGAUCUUUGUUCCGCUUUUUCGAGAAAUUGUCCUUUGAACGUUCGUUCAGCCUGGGCAUUUCUGAUAUUCGAUUUCGAUGGUGACGAUCAGCUCGUAAUGGCUGAUUUAAUUGAAGCUGUCGAGAAAUUAACUAGCAUUAACGAAAAUGAAGGAAUCAUGAUUCAACUUGAUCGUGAACGUAUCGAACAAGUGGCACGUAUGAUGAUAUCUGAAAUGGAUUUCACCGAAAAUGGAAGUAUUUCCCCUCAAGAAUUUGAACGACUUGUUGCAAGGAUGCCAGACUUUGCUCAUUCUUUUCAAUUUAAUGUUUGAUAGCAGCAGAUAAAAUCAUUUUAUGUAAUAUCUUUUUUAUAAUAAGUCAACGCUUAUAUGCGAUACAGUUUGAACGAUCGUAAAUUCCAGAAAGCACCAAAUCGGGUAUGCAAGGGAUCUCUUUUUUUCUUUCAUAAGUCAAUGGAAGGAUUGCAGGUGUUUUGUAUUUUGUAUAGGACGUUGGAUAUUUGGUAAAAUACGAUGAUAUCAAUGCAGGUGC